AUGAAUGCGGUUGAUGCCCACGCACAGCCAUACGAUGGCCAGCGGCGCCAGCAACGCCACCCUCAAGAUGCAUCUCCACAGGGAUAUGCUCCCAUGUCUACUACGGGAAACUUCUUCAUGCCAGAAACUCAAGGCACAUUUACAUUCUCCGCCGAACCCUCUUCGAUGAUGUAUGAUGGUGCCAUGACUACCCUACCGACCAGCACUACCGGUCAAGAAUCCGUGUACACUCCACACAUCGGCUCCUCUAUUGAUUCUUCACUUCACCCAGACAUGGUCAACUACUCGUACCCUCCAGUAAAUGGAUACGCACAGAUGCACAACUACAGUCUGUCGCCCAAGUUCUUACAACGGCAACGGCCUGUUGUCCGCAGUCACGAGCGCAACGAAGAUGGUUCCUGGCAGACUUCACACAUCUCACGUCAAGCCGGCAUCAAUCCCGGUGAUCGUCAGGCGAUGGGGGAUGCAUGGGUGCCAAGUCUUGGCGAGCUUGUGGAACAGCAUGCAAAGCAAGAGAAAAAGCUCGUGGUUCAAGAGUGGCUCACGAAGAGCGAGGUCGGUAGCGAAGCUGGAGAUACAGCUACUGGCUCAGAUAAUCUCGGUUCGAGCAAUCUCCUCGUGCCCCAUGCCGGUCGUCGUCGUGCGAAAAGCACAAACGAUAUGCACCGCCACGGUCCGCAAAGUAACUUUGGUCUUGGAGUACGCACCGACUUUAGCCAAUACAACGAUGCUAGUAUACCGGGACCCGGGGUCUAUAUCGACGAAAGGAGCGAGUACAACGACUAUGACGAUGAAGACGACGAGUCUGCCGCACCCGAGUCUCCUGCUGCUGCUGUCGACGUUCGGGCUAGCCAAGAGGACACCUCGUACUUCCCUCCUGCUAAAGAAUCUGUGUCGAUCAUCGGCACUAUUGUAAAGCCAUGGGUAGAUGUACCCUCUCAGACGUCAAAUGCAUCGACGCGCUACCAGCCACCUACCUCGAAUGCAGCGAUGAUGCGCUUCCGGCUACGUGCGAAAGAUGUAGAAUCAGCAUCGCUCGCGGCCACAGUUGGAUCGCGCCGCCUGAGUGAAUCCGAUCUAGGUAGUGUUCGUGCUGCGCCUGGCGUUGCAAGGCUCAUAGAACCUGAUCCGAAAAAGUCGAAAGAAAGACAGCGUCGACCCAGCUUCUUGGACAACAUUUUACCCAAGCGAGCGCCCGCCAAUCGAGCGCCUGCCAAUCUCCUGAAGCGAAAAGGUAGCAUCCCCGUACAGCAGCCAUCGUCGGAGACGGCCUUGGACAAAACCAAGGAACCCAUCAUGGAGAAGCCCAAACGCAUCGGUAGCUGGGGUCGUCCUAAGUCACCUCGAGUAGACACCAAUCUGAGUAAUCACAGUAGAGAGGGUGCUCCACCAAGUGCGAAUGGUCUGUCAGCUAACAACACGGGUCCUUGGUAUCAUGGGGCCAGGAAUGUAAUCAAGCGGAGCAGAAGCCGGAGCGAUAUAGGCAAGUCUCCGGGACUGAAGGAACUCAUGACCCAACAUGGCGGUCCUCCAAUGCCCAUGCUCGCCUCUCCACUUGCGGAUACCGAAGCAACUAAGCCGACAGCGCAGCCAAGUCCUGCUGGGGACGAUAACGAGGACGAGCCAGAAGCUGUACAGAUGGAUCUUCAAGUUCGCACGGAUCCAAUCAUUCCGACUUAUGAGGGAUUUAGGACACACGCUCGUCGACUCAACCCACGAUUAGCCGACUACAUGGUGGAGCGCAUCACCCAGGAGCAGAUGCGGAGGUACAAGCGCUUGCUUGAGUUCCGAGUCAAGCACAUGAAUGCUGUCAAGAAUAGGAAUUGCGCGUCGGAAGGAUUCUGUACAGACCUUGGGGGUGAGGCUAAGCAGCUACCCCCCAAAGCUGGAAACAAAGACGCCGAUGCAACCUUCAUCGGCUUCCAAGUGACUGCACCAGGGGGAUCCGAAGAGGAUGGCGACCCUCUGCCAGAAGGUGUUGUUCAGGCCAAUCAGUUCUCGUCGGGUAUUCCUUUGCCUCCUGUUAAGCGACUACCUGCAGAAUUUGAAUGCACUUUGUGCUUCAAAGUCAAGCAGUUUUACAAGCCGUCAGAUUGGACGAAGCAUGUGCACGAAGAUGUGCAGCCAUUUACAUGCACAUUCCCGAACUGCGGUGAGCCGAAGUCAUUCAAACGCAAAGCUGACUGGGUCCGACAUGAGAAUGAGCGACACCGGCAGUUGGAAAAUUGGACUUGCCAGAUCGCUGAUUGCAACCACACCUGUUAUCGAAAAGACAAUUUUGUACAGCAUCUUGUGCGAGAGCACAAAAUUGCAGAGCCUCGCCAGCGCACCAGACAAGGAAGCAACAAGGAGGCUGCCGCUGCAGAUCAAGGUAGUCCUUUCCAAGUCAACAUAUCAGGCAUAACUAACUCAGCUCUAGAAGACAUCUGGUCGAUCGUGGAAAGGUGUCGCCGCGACACCGCGAAACAACCAAAAGAUGAGCCUUGCAGGUUCUGUGGUAACAUCUGUACAUCUUGGAAGAAGCUCACAGUGCACUUGGCGAAGCACAUGGAGCAAAUCAGCAUGCCUAUUCUUACCCUCGUCGAGCAAAAACAACUCAAUGCCGAUAGCAUCAUUAGUCCCGUCGUGGAGAUGCCAGACAGCCGCAAGCUCUCAAUGAAUCCCAACAAGUCGCCUGUCGACAACAACCCUUCGCGGUACAUCCCCAACUCAAAUCUUGCGCCGGGCAUCGAUCCAUAUGGCCAAUACCCACAGGACGUUAAAUCGGAGACAGGAUCUACUGGCAUGCACACGUACCCUCCACCACAGAUGCUGCCAUACAAGGGUCCGCAGUCCAACGGGGUCAGUGGAUACGCAGAUUAUGCGGUUAACAACGGUGUGCCAUAUCCGAGUCAGACAUAUCCAGGACUUCAGCAGCCUCCCAAGCCACUCAAUGGCUACGCCAACGGCCUUCAGAUCCCCAGUCAGCCAUAUGCAAAUGGCCAGUACGGGAUCACUCCAGUCACAGCGGUCCAGCAACAGCAGAACAUGUACACAGACUCCCCAAUUGACCAGACCGCUUUUCCGAGCUAUUACACUCAAGAGCCCCAGAAUUUGACGAACGAUGCAACGAACAUGGGUUUCGCUACGACCAGCGGAAUGCAGUACCAGCAACAGCCACAGCCACAGCAAGGCGCCUACCAAGCCAUGCCUUACAUGAAUCCGCAGCAUAACUAUCAAUACCAGGGCCAAUAG